AUUCUGUAUUUUCUCUUUGUCUGCACUGUAUUAGAGAAACAGUUAAAAUGUCUGAAAGUGUAUUACUGUUGGAACUUUCAAAUCCACCUAAAAUAACUAAAUGUGCAAAAGAUAUUCUAGAACAGUAUGGACAAGAAAAAUGUUUAUUUCUCUCUUCAAUGGGAAGGUAUAGAGAAGGUAAAUCAUUCUUAAUGAGUCUACUUUACCAGAGUGACUAUCAGAGUGAAAAAAUUAAAGAUAUAUUCAAAGUUGGAUUCGGAGACAAAUCUGUAACAAAAGGAGUUUUUAUGACAAAAACACCAAUAAAAAGAACAAUUAAAGGAGAAACAUUAAACGUUUUCUUCUUGGAUUCUCAAGGACUUUUUGCAACAGAUGUAAAGAAAACAGAUAAUCUAAUUGUUUCAUUUUUAUUGAGUAUUUCACCAAUUUGCAUUUUCAAUGUAAAUAGUAGAUUGAACUCAACAGAUAUUGAUACACUAAAGUUUAAUCUCUACUUGGGUGUGGUAGAUAAUGAAAAUUGCAUAAAGACCAAAGAAAGUACGAUGAUUAUUACAUGCCGGGAUAGACCAGUAACACAUGAUAUGCUUCUUGGGAAAUUUAAUGUAGCAUUUAGAGCAGAACAGAAAGAGAAAUGUAAAAAUUUGUAUACACUUUUGGAGAAUUUUAAAAGAUUGGAAUUUUCUCUCUUCCCUGAACCAAAUACUUCUGUUAUGUGUGAAGAUUUUAGCUCAUAUUAUAAAGAUGUUGGACAAAGUUUUCUUAAAGCAAAAGAUAAUCUAAAAACAGAAUUAGAGAAUAUCUUUGCAAAUUAUAUUAAUGAUGCAAUCAGUUGUUCACAAAACUCUAUCAAUUUGUCAACUGUUCUUCAUUCUCUUUGUCAGAAUGAUUUUGUUAAAAAAGAAAGGUCAUUUCAACAGCUUCAAGAACUCAUGACAUUUCAAAUUGAAUAUAACAAACUCUAUCAAGAUUUUGAUGAUAAAACUGCAUCUAUAUUCAAUGUGGAUAUUGAACGAAAGAAUAUUUCAAAAGUAAAGAAAGAUGGCAAUGUUUUUCUUCAAAAGUUUUCAACUUCAGCUUAUUUUGUCUAUAAAGAUCGAAGAUUAAUGGCAAUUAAUGAAAAUGACAUCAUUCCACUAAAGGAGACAUUUCUACAGAAGAUAACUACUCUACUGCAAAACAGAAUUCAAGUUUUUGAAAGUCUUAUAAAUACAUUUGAAGAGAAUAAAAAUAACCUGGAUGAGAAAUUGGAAAAGUAUAUUAAAGAAAGGGAUGAAACUCUUAAACAAAUACAAGUUAACUUUGAGGAUGAAAUUGAAAAAAAAAGAUUGGAAAUGAAUGAACUGCAAAGUAAGAUAGAUAGACAAGAAAUUGUAAUGGAUUCUGUGAAGGAACAAUUUGAAGAAUUGCAAAAUGAAAUUCAAACUCUAGAAAGAGACAGCAAAGAAAUUAAUGAUAAUUAUCAAGAAAAGUUUGAACUUUUAAACAAAACACAGAGUGAGAAAAUUGAAAAAUAUUUAAUAAAACUCCGUAAUUUAGAAAAACAAAGCAAGAAAGAGAGAAGGAGAUUUUAUAAAUUACAAAGGGAAACUCUGAAAGAGGUAGAGGCUAUGAAGAAGAAAAAAAAAGCCAUUUGUGUGAUAUCUUAA